AUGACCACCCCAGCAAUUCACGCUCCCUUUCUCGCAAUCCCUCAGGUUUUGCCAACGACAAACCUGCCCACCAAAAUAUCCUUUCCGCCCCUCACUAUCAAUGCCCCGCCAAAGACAGACCUCUGGCGCAAGCCCCCGCACAUCGACGUCGGCAAUGUCCCGGCCAUCUUCCUCCCCGAACCCAUCGACCUCAACAAAUUUCGCUCUGCCAACGUCACCGUCUCGGGCGAGUGGAACACCUUGUAUGACCAGGGUGGGAUUGUCCUCUACAUUCUCGGAGAUGACCUGAAGAAGUGGGUCAAGACCGGUAUCGAGUUCGUCUUCGGGAAACCAUUCGUCGGCACCGUCGCAACGGCAUCGGCAUCUGAUUGGAGCUUGGUACCCCUCCCCGAGAGCGCGGGUGGCAAAGUCACAAUUCACGUGGAGAGAGAGACCAAAGGGGACAAACGCCUUCAGAGCCUGUGGGUCUACGUCGUUGGCGAGAAUGGAGAGAGGCAUGCGAUUAGGGAGGUUGCGUGGGUGUUCGGGCCGGAUGUGAUAGACUAUGAGGGCGCAACAGCAGGUGGCAGGACGAUGUUGGUGGGCGUCUAUGGAGCCAGGCCGACCGUUCCCGAAGGCGAGGGGAAGGAGAAUGAGGAGCUCACGGUGAAAUUGGAAGGUUUCGAAGUUACAUUGUUCGAUGACUGA